UGCACAGCCCUGCAGCCUGGAGACGACGACAGUGGAGCGGAGAUUCGCUUGCGGUGGAAAAGCGCAGAGCUCGUCUCAAGGCUGGCUUCAGUUAUCGUGGAGGUCUAUUUUAAGGCAAAGAGAUGUCACCGGGCUUGAUCAAUCGCCAAGAUGACAGACAUUAGCGCGAGUGUCGUGGGGCCGCUCUGGCAGGCGCAGCGCGUCUCGUCCUUCCAGAACCUCACGCGCAGCCUCGACCGGCAGACGACCACGAUGCGCGUGCUCUGGGUCGCGGCGGCACUCAUGCAUGUCAUCGCCGGCGCCUUUCUCGGUGGCAUGGCGUUUGGCCACUUUUACUUGACGCAGCCGUCGCUCGGCUACGACUAUGUGACGGUGCUGCACCUCUACCGCCCCGUGCUCACGACGGUGGUCACCUUUGGUGCACUCGCGACCCUCCACGGUCUUCGCUUGCUGCACAUGCUGCUCCGCGCGCUCAAGCCGCCGCACCGCAUCGCCACCUCGAGCAAGAGCUCGAACUCACGCAGCUCGGAGACGGGCGGGUUGCAGCACAUUGUGCGCUCGGGGUGGCGGCACCUCCGGCUCAUCGGCGUCCAUGGCCCGUACUUUGAAGUCAAGGUGGCUUUUCGGCACCUCUUGGUGUCGAGCACGAACACGUACCGCGCGUACCGGACCGCGCUCCUCGUGGGCGACCCGGCCAUCAACACAACCGUCUCGGUCGUCUUGUGUCUCUACGGGCUGGGCCUUCCGCUCCUAUGGAUAGCGACACAACGCACGUCGAAAGCGAGCCGGCGGCUCUGGACGAGCCUCGUGCACGUGGCUCUGAACUUUGGCAUGAACAUCCUACUGCCCAUGUGGGUACUCGCGCCGUACGUUGACUUUUUCAUUCGACCCGACGCGCUCGAGCUGCAGUACCAAGACACGUACUACCCGAUUGGCAUUGCGAUCUGCCAGACGGUCCUCAUCACGUCGCUUCUGGACUAUGGGCUCAUGGUCUUUACGCAGCUCUUCCUCUUCUCGGCGCUCUACGACUUUGUCGCGUGCUUUUGCAGCAAGCGGCGGCUCACAGCAAGCGAGCUUGUCGCGGACGAAGCCCACCUCCGCGAGGCGCUCAACGUUGUCCGCGGCCGCCUCCUCUCGGUGAGCCUCAAUGCGAAAAGGCGGCUCGUGCCAACUCGCAAAAUUGGCUUUUUCCCGCGCCAAGCCACCGCAGUUGUUGCGUUUGAUGUCACGUCGGCCAUCUUUCGCAAGUCGACGCGCAAGCAUUCGUCGUAUAUGACGCUCUGUCUUGGUUACAGCAUCCUCGUGGGGUAUCUGCUCACGAUUGUGUGGGGCCUUGCGAUCCUCGGCCUCAACUUUGUGCCGUGGUACGACGUCCAUUGCCCGCGGAGCUGCCUCGCGCGCACGCGGCCGUGGUUUAGCCGCACGUGCGCGUGCUUGACGCUCGAGGCGACGUGCGAUCCGGCUUCGAAUAUGCUCGACCUCGACUUUGCCGUUGUGAGUCCGACGUCCGUGGUGUUUCUCAUCAUCUCGCACUGCCCGCAGCUUUCGAUUCCAACCAAAGUGUCGAGCUUGCUCAACCUUGUCGGGCUCUUGAUAUACAACUCGACGUUGACGACGUGGCCCGAGAACGUGAGUGUGACGCAGUUCAAGCGCUUUUCGUACGCGAUGAUCGUGAGCACCAACAUGACGACGCUGCCGCUCGGGCUCCUCACGGCGCCGUCGAGCUCGUUCAUUGACUUGGAGGUAUCGCACUCGAACCUCCACGACCUCGGGCUCGGAGUGAGCUACUUUGAGACGCUCUCGGUUGUCUACCUCGAGCACUGCGCAUUUCGCGAGUACCCGGCUGAGCUCGUGGUGCAUGCGAGCUUGAGCGGAUUCUCGCUCGUGCACAAUCUGCUCACUUCUAUUCCAGACAAUCUGUCCUUUCCGGCCUUGAUGUACCUCGGCGUCUCGGGCAACGCGAUGCUUGGCGACUUGCCCGACGUAAUCUUCAACCAAUCCUCGUUGUCGCAAGUCGCUUUGGAGGCCACGAACGUGACGCGCCUUCCGUCACCCACCGUAUUUGGUCCCAACCUCAGUGUGCUGGCGAUGAGCGGCACGCCCUACUGUCUCCGAAAUGACACAGCACCGAAGGACGAGGGCAUUGUUGUCUGUGACGUCGGAGAUUACGUCGACGGCUACUUUCCCUUUGCCCAGAUUGUCGCCCAGCGCGCAGCGACUUUCGAUUUUUUGUACUAUGAGGGAUAACUAGUCACGAUCGACUACUCCUCUAGUCGACGCUAUCUCUCUGCAUCUGUAGUCGUUUCGAACGGUACGCGUGUGGUCGCGUCAAACGCCGGUGCCACGUGGGUAGAGCUAUCGAUGACUCAUCUCAUAUGUCACAUGCGUUCUACAAUGCCAUUCCCACCGACAGGACCUAAGUCGACCAUUGUCUCGUG